AGGUUGUUGUGUCGGUCGAAAUACGGGAACGGGAAGCGGAAAUGCUAGAAAAUGGUAAUUCCGUGGGUGUGAGAGAGUGAGCUAAAAGAGUCAGGACAUAUGUUUGACGCUAGGGGAUUUUCAUAUAAAGAGUUGAGAGGGUCUUCAUUGCACAGUCUACAGCUCAGGGUACCUCGUGGUCUCAGAGUUCCGGCAUCCAGGUCCACGGAUUCGUCCAUCGGUCGUUCAACAUCCUCCCUUCAUACACAAGGUCCAGCAAUUGCCUCAGUCGACUCGCCACUAUCAACAUGAAAACCUUCGCUCUCUUCGCCGCCCUGGCGGCUACCUUGCUCGCCGCACCCAAUCCCCCGAGGCCAGCCGAAUGCCCACGCAACGCCGUGCAACCAAACGGCAUGCUUCCCCAAGGGUACAUCCGCCCCCAUCUCAUGCUCCCCAUUUCCGCGAAGAGGCCCGGUAGGGUGUUCCGGCCAGUCGACUGGGACAUGGGCAAAGUGACCCCCAAGGACUUUUGCAGUAUCAUCCAAUACGAACUCGACCCAGCCGACACACAGGGCAAGAUCUGCAACCUCGUGUUCGACUUCCCCCGGCGCAUGGAGGCGCAGGGCUUGUAUGAGUUCUCCGGCAGCGGCAAGUUUAACUUCACCGGGUAUGCGAUUGGAACGCGCGCAGUGUAUGGCGUCACGACGUACAACAACCAGCCUCCUCUUGGACCGAACCCGCCGAAUCCGCCAGCAGUCAUGGAGCCGGGCAAUUCGUACAUUAUCAAGUCCGAACCGUGCGGCAUUCCCGCUGGCGUCCGCGGACCGGUCACCUUUGCCUUCUCUCUCUGCUCUGAGGACACUCUUUUCGUCUUCGAAGAAAGGCAUUCUAUCUGCCCGCUCGGCUUUUACAUCAUUCUAACGGAUGACCCGAAUGCGUAGAAGGUGCUGGGAUGCAGGAAUGUGGGAAAGAGGACAUCGUUGGAAACUGGUCUGUUAAUGCGUAAUGUUGUAGUUCACGAGCCGCUGGGAAUUGAGGGCCUUCAGACU